AUGGCUACCGAUAAGGGACUCGAGGAUGUCCCCGAGGGACAGAUCGAGUCCAACUACGAUGAGACCGUCGACUCUUUCGAUGACAUGAACCUCAAGUCUGAGCUCCUCCGAGGUGUCUACGCCUAUGGUUUCGAGCGUCCCUCUGCUAUCCAGCAGCGUGCGAUCAUGCCCGUCAUCAAGGGCCACGAUGUCAUCGCUCAGGCCCAGUCCGGUACUGGAAAGACUGCCACUUUCUCCAUUUCCGUUCUCCAGAAGAUCGACACCAACGUCAAGGCUUGCCAGGCCCUGAUCCUUGCCCCCACUCGCGAGCUGGCCCAGCAGAUUCAGAAGGUCGUGGUCGCUAUUGGCGACUUCAUGAACAUUGAGUGCCACGCCUGCAUUGGUGGCACCAGCGUCCGUGAGGACAUGAAGGCCCUCCAGGAUGGUCCUCAGGUCGUUGUCGGUACCCCCGGCCGUGUCCACGACAUGAUCCAGCGUCGGUUCCUCAAGACCGACUCCAUGAAGAUGUUCGUCCUCGACGAGGCCGAUGAGAUGCUUUCUCGCGGUUUCACCGAGCAGAUCUACGACAUCUUCCAGCUCCUCCCCCAGUCCACCCAGGUUGUCCUCCUGUCCGCCACCAUGCCCCAGGACGUCCUUGAGGUCACCACCAAGUUCAUGCGCGACCCCGUCCGUAUCCUGGUCAAGAAGGACGAGCUUACCCUGGAGGGUAUCAAGCAGUUCUACAUUGCCGUCGAGAAGGAGGAGUGGAAGCUCGACACCCUCUCGGAUCUGUACGAGACUGUCACCAUCACCCAGGCUGUCAUCUUCUGCAACACCCGCAGAAAGGUCGACUGGCUCACCGACAAGCUCACUGCCCGUGACUUCACCGUUUCUGCCAUGCACGGUGACAUGGACCAGGGUCAGCGUGAUCUGAUCAUGAAGGAGUUCCGAUCCGGCUCCUCCCGUGUCCUGAUCGCCACCGACCUUCUGGCCCGUGGUAUCGACGUCCAGCAGGUUUCCCUGGUCAUCAACUACGAUCUCCCCGCCAACCGUGAGAACUACAUCCACCGAAUUGGUCGUGGUGGUCGUUUCGGCCGAAAGGGUGUUGCCAUCAACUUUGUCACCGCCGAGGAUGUCCGCAUGAUGCGUGAGAUUGAGCAGUUCUACAGCACCCAGAUCGAGGAGAUGCCCAUGAACGUUGCCGACCUCAUCUAA